AGUUUUCAGCCUUCAUAUAUAUAUUCACGCGGUUCUAUCAUUUCAGUCUCUUGUUGAUACCGGCGCAGGAACACCGUUGUUAGGGUUUGUUGUCGUUCUUCUCCUCAAUCAAUCAUCAUGGGUCGUUUGCACUCAAAAGGUAAGGGUAUUUCCAGUUCAGCUCUUCCUUACAAGAGAACUGCUCCAUCAUGGCUCAAGAUCUCUUCCGCGGAUGUUGAUGAAACCAUCUGCAAGUUUGCCAAGAAGGGUUUAACUCCAUCUCAAAUUGGUGUUAUUCUUCGUGACUCCCAUGGAAUUGCUCAGGUUAAAAGUGUAACUGGAAGUAAGAUUCUGCGCAUAUUGAAAGCUCAUGGUCUUGCUCCUGAAAUUCCUGAAGAUCUGUACCACUUGAUCAAGAAGGCUGUUUCAAUCAGGAAGCAUUUGGAGAGAAACAGGAAGGAUAAGGAUUCUAAGUUCAGGCUGAUUUUGGUUGAGAGCAGGAUCCACCGUCUUGCUCGUUACUACAAGAAGACAAAGAAGCUUCCACCAGUAUGGAAGUAUGAAUCAACAACUGCCAGUACCCUUGUUGCUUAAGAGAGGAUUGGAGAAUGGAUUAGUUUGUUGAGGUUUUAAAAAUUUUGGAAUAUUUGAAGUUUAUGUAAGACUCAUUUAUGAUGUUGGAUCUUCUUAAUUUGAUAUAUACUCAUUUUCUCUAGUUUUUAA